AUGGGUACAAAGAGCCCAGACUAUUCCCGCUUCUCGCAAAGCAUCAACGUCCCCUUCACAGCAUGGAGUCCAGACCACAACAUGGCCAUUACGGUCACCGUCACGAACAAGUCCACAAACCAGAGUUCUGAUGUUGACAAUGUGUGUCUAGACACGGGCUCCGCGAUCUUCGCCCUCAGCAAGAGAUUUGUUCCUGAUUUUCCGACGGGGCCAGAACUCGACCAACUUCCAGACGGCAAGGUCGCCUACACGUCUGACACUGUGUGGAAGGGGAAAUGGUUCCCACUCAGAAUCUCGUUUGAGGGGGAAAACAAAGUCCAGAUAGUAUCGGAAAUUGAGGCCCUGGUCGUCACCGACGAAAGCUAUCAGAACACCCACUACAUGGGUAUUGGGUUUGGGAUAUACAACGAGGUCGAAGUACACAACGAUCCCGGAAACAACCCCAUGCUCGCGGUGAAGCAAUACAACGGCGAGCCCAUCGAUACCCGGACCUUCCGGCGCGGUUACAUCCUGCACAAGCGGAGCGUUGAGAUCGGACUCACCGCAGAAAAUACCAAGGACUUCAAAUACAUGGCACUGACGAGAUCCCUGCCAAACGACGCCACCAGGAAACCCGAAUGGUUCUGCAACAGACCUAGCUGCGCGAUCCGGAUCAAAGGCAUCGCCGACGACUGGCACAGCGGCGCCGCGCUGAUCGACACGGGCGUCUGGUUCAUGGACAUCAACAUCCCGGGGUACCAAGGACCCAAAGAGAUGACGGCCGGAGUUGACGUCGACAUACGGUUCCCGGACCAAGACAGCGACCUACCGGGAUACAGCUUCAAGUGGUCGGGCGUCUGGGGAGACGGGAAUCCCCAAUCGAUCACGGUGAAGCCUCCCUACGACAAAAGCGAGACCAAGGCGUUCGUCAACACCUCGCAGUCCCUCUACGACCGGCUGGUCACGCUCUACGAUCCAGAAGGAGCCGUCUUCGGCACCCGGGGCUGGACGGAACUGGAGACGACCGAGGACGCGAGGCUGUCUGAGUUGGAACGGCAGAAGAAGGCUGCGAAGGUGGCUGAGGAGGCCAAGCAGAAGGCAGAAGAAGAAAAAGAAGAAGAAGCGCAAUAG